UGCGGUAGGGUACAGGCUCAUAUCGUCUUUGUUGAAUUUUAUACGUACGUUGUAACAUGUGUUUAUGUGUCCACACAAAAAAUGUUCAAAAGCAAUAAUGACGUGCCCAUGAUGUCAUAAAACGAUAUCCCAAACGAUACGGGACCGGUAAAAUUCCUAUGCUCUGCAUUCGGAAACCUGCCCUACCUUCAAGGAAAUGCGCAGCACAAAACGCAGCACGCAUUUUCCUCUGUUUGGUCAGCGCCAAACAAUCACAGAACGGGAGCGAGCGCAAUGUUACCUCUUCUUGUAAUCAUGACACCUGACUUCCCGUGAGCAUCGCGAAAGCACCGCCAUUGAUAACGGUCGAGACACAGCUGAUGACUUCCUUCUCUUUAUUAUCGAUCACGCCUUCUUCCCUGAGUUACACGGACUGGUUCGUGAAUGAUUCCUCAUCUGGAAGGGGUCAUCACUUUCACCCACUUUCACUGAAGCAGUCUUCCAGGCAGCCGGCACUAGUAACAAGGCCAGGAGAGUGUUCACAUCCGCGUUUCCUUGUUGAGCUCUUCGGCGCUUAUGGCCCACAUUUGAUGCGGACAGCCGGCCGCACUCCUGGACUACCGUCAGUUCGUGAGAGACGCUUCUUCGCGUGCCAUGGCUUCGGCGACGCGGGUCUUCGGGAGGCGGUUGGCGGCCAAGAACGCGGGUCCUGGAGCACGUGGAUACGCAACGCCAGUUGCUGCAGCAGCAGCGCCCAGUGCACUGAGAUUGAACCGCGCUAUCCGACAUGCCGAAAAGGUUACUGGAUACACAACGGGAAGGAUGUCCGAGAAGUUGAUGAAUUUGGGGGAGUUGCAAACGUUUUUGGGCACUGUGAGCAAGAUGAUGGGAACGCAGCAUCCGAUAGUGGAGUCAGUGAAACAGCUCCUGUUUCAACAAAGCGCCAAUAUCCAGACGCGAGGUCUGUUGGUGUCGCUGUUCAUCAAGGCAUCAGGCAUAGCACCGGAACAGACAGAGAGUCCGGAAGUCAUUCUAAAACGGCAACAGCUGGUCAUCAAUGCCACUGAGGAGUUCCACGCAGCGCAGACUAUCCAUGCUUCGGCUGUAGAUGUCUCUGUCGCCGAGAGGACCAGCCUCGAUUCCGUUGUGCUGGACGAUCUGGAGUUGGGCAACAAGAUGACUGUUCUAGCUGGCGACUUUUUCUUCUCCAAAGCCUUCCAGACAACAACGAACAUUGGAAUUCCUGUGAUGUUGCACAUCUUCGGGACAGCAGUGGAGGACUACGUUCGCUCCUAUUUCGAAAGUGAUCUCAGGCAGGUGGAUGCUGUCGAUGCUAUGUGGUGGGAGACCAAGACAAACCUCAAGACCUGUAGUCUUUUGGCAUCUGGAUACAGAGCUGCCACCAUGGUUAGCGGGCUCAGUCAACAAGAGCAAGACAGAGCAUAUGAGCUAGGGAAACACAUUGCACUUGCGUUUCAGACCUACCACGAAACGAAGCAGUUCCUGGACACAUCGUUUUCGUCGGGCAUUAACUAUGAUGUCACAAGUCUCCCGGUUGUGCUACACAUGGAGACACAUCCGGAGUUGUUAAAGUCAGUGCAAGACGGCAAAGUGGAUCAACUCAAAUUCUCAAAGGUGCAUUCCGAAAUCGUCUCCGGGGACAUCUUGGACAGGAUACAAGUCAUGCUUGGCUACUACAUCCAGGAAGCCCAGUUGCUGGCCGAAACGCUAGGACCAUCAGACGCGGCGAAAUCCCUUAUUGGCAUCGUCAACAGUCUGCGGGAUGUCUAACUCAAAACGCCCCUGAAGUGAUUUGAGUCAUGUCAUUACAAGCUAUAUUUUACAGCCAAAGGCCUUUGCAGGUGCAUCCCUGAGCUGCUGCUAACGCUUUACAUGUUUUACCAUUGAGUGUGCUCUGUUUGCGUACAGUUGUACAGAUACAUUUUAGCUUUCCUUUUAAGUGCCUCCCGCUGAAAUAUUGAUGUUUGUAAAUAAAUUUAUUUUAUACUGC